GCGUCCCGGCGUGUAGUUUGAAAAACGCUUUGGACCGUCGCGCAACGUAUUACGGAUAAGUGCACAAUUCGCUUGGGAAUCGCGCUUUUGGUACAGCUGGAUUUCAUUGAUUCAAUGAGUUGCAAGUGAAAUAUCUUUGCAACAAUUUCAAGUUGCUGGUGCAGUGCGAUUUAAAAAGAAAUAAAAACAACAAAUAUACACAAUUUCAAGUAAUAUCCGUUGAGUAGUUAUAUCGAACGGUGUGAGAUUGAAAAUCAGAAAAAUACAAAAACAAAAACAAAAUAAAUAUCCCAAUUAAAAAGGAUAACAGCGCUCAUAAGUGAAUCUCUAUUGGUUUUUGGCAAGACCAAAGUGAAAAUUGUUUAUUUCGAAAAGGCAGAAAAUUCAAACGGGUGGAUGCUGUGUAUCGUGCGAGUCUACAGGAUAUGCAAUUGAAUUUGGAUAAAUUUGACUGAAUAUAUUUUCCAUACCACGGUCGAGCGAACUCAAGAGACUUGCAAACCCCGCCAAAUUUUAACUCACCUUUCAACAACUUAUACACAAACCAACACAACUUCUUUAGAUAUAAAUAAAGUAUAUCGGCAGCAGAAGCACCGAUAGCGCACGGACAGAUCAACGUAUAGCAAUACAAAGCAUGGGCGAGCUGGAAGAGAAGGAGACAGGACCAUCAGAAACUACAACACAGCAAGAGGCCGUCGACGAACCUAAAGAGACCGACAAAAUGCUCGACAAAAAGGAGGACGCCGAUGGCGCAGUGCAGCAAACAGAACAAGUCGCUGCCAGUCCAAAUACGGAUAAGAAAAAGGCUGCGAACUCAAAGCCAACAACACCAACACCCAGCACUAAGAAGUCACCAAGUCAGUCGGUUGAAAAACUCGUCGCUGGCACUGGUGACGCACAGCCGGCGAAGGCGAAUGGUGGUAGUGGCGAGGAGAUAAUUGACAUACCAGAUGCCGUUAAGCCUGAAGAAGGCGAUGAGAAGAAGAUGUCCACUGAAGAUCGUGAGGUCAAGCCGAAGAAGAUACCCAUUGGUGGUUUGAAAUUGCCCGGUUUCUUUAUGAAAAACAAGCCAAAAGGUGAUGGUGACGGCGCUGAUGGCGAACUUUUGGAGCGCGAAAAUAAAGAGGAAGCGCCAGCUGAAGCGGCAAACGUUGAGGGCAAACCGAAGAAGGAGGAAAAGCCUCGUAGUAAUUUUGGUGAACGUUUGCGCAACUUUUUCGUGCGAAAGCCAGCUGCAGAAAAGCAGCAGAACAAACAGACAGCGAAUGGAGAUGCCGAUGCAAAGAGUGAAGCCACCGCUGAAGCAGCUGCCACUGAUGGCGAAGCCUCGGAAGGGUUACCACAGAAACGCGGUCUUUUAAAUGCCAUCAAAUUGCCGAUUGCAAACAUGAUACCAAGAAAGAGGACGGAUGACGAUGUCGAACUCGGCAUGGGCAAGGCAGGACUGGCCUCAAUGGAGACGCUUGAUGAUUCGUUGAAAGAUCAAGAUUGUGUUGAUAAAGCGCCUGCCAAGAACAAUGGCACCGAUGAUGCGGUGAAAUUGAAGAAAACUGCAAGUGGUGAAAUCAAACCGGAAGCAUCGGAAGAGAAAUCUCCCGAAGAGCCUGAAGCACCCAUUUCGUUCGCCGAACGCUUGCGUUCAUACCGUUGCUCCCCGGAUGAUGGCCUGAUCGUGCUCGGUAUUUUGCUUUUCAUCGUACUCAUUGCUGUGAUCGGCUAUGUGCUCUCGCUUGAGACACUCACGUCGCCUCCGGUACGUGAGGGUCGUUUCAUGGACGCCGUUACGGGUUGUGGCAUGGUUGAGGGCCUGCAAGAGGAUGGCGCCUUCGCAUUCCGUGGCAUACCUUAUGCCCUACCACCCGUAAACGAACAACGUUGGCGACCGGCACAGCUGAUUGGCGGUAUCGAUGACUGCUGGAAUGGCACCUUGAAAGCGCACAAUGUGAGCAACUAUUGUACACAACGUUUGGGCAACGGCAGCAUUGUAGGUGACGAGGAUUGUCUGUACUUAGACAUUGUCACGCCACAUGUGCGUUACAACAGUCCAGUGCCGGUUAUUGUAUUGAUCGGUGCUGAGACCUUAACUGGUCCAUCACCUGGUGUACUCCGGCCAUCGGCUCGCUAUUCACGCUCGCAUGACGUCGUUUUUGUGCGUCCGAAUUUCCGUUUGGGUGCAUUUGGGUUCCUUGCAUUGGAUGCACUCACCAAAGACGCCUACCCACGUACUUCCGGCAACUAUGCGCUCUCCGACAUCAUCGCCGCAUUGAAAUGGGUUCAACUAAAUAUCGCGCACUUCGGUGGUGAUCCCAAAGCUGUGACUUUACUUGGUCAUCGCGCAGGUGGUACACUCGUUUCGGCACUCGUAACCUCUAACAAAAUUGAAGGUCUCUAUAAGAACGCUUGGGUUUCAUCGUCGUCUGCCAUUUUCCCUGGAAAGCCUUUGGAAGAGUCCGAAAAGCGCAAUGAACAGUUUGUGAAAUCUUUAGAUUGCAGCGAUAUCGAAUGCUUGCGCAGCUCAUCGACCGAACAAAUUUGGGCCGCCACACCAGACACCUGGUUACAUUUCCCCGCCGACAUACCCACCACAGAAGAGAAUCCCAGCGCGCAACAUGAAUGGCUUGUUUUGGAUGGUAACUUCCUGCAACGUCACCCCGCCGACGCCUGGAAAGAGGAACAUACAGGCCAACCGAAACUCGUUAUGGGCACAACAGCGCAUGAGGCACACACCGAGCAGCUGCGUCAACGCCACGCAAACUGGACAGCCGAAGAGGUCCGUGCAUUCAUUGAAGCUUCGAAAAUUGGCGCACUCAAUCUAACCGACGAAGCCAUACGACUCUACAAUGCGACAAACUAUCGUAACUUGGUCGCCAUGAUUACGGACAUACGCACCAUCUGCCCACUGCUGACCAAUGCGCGCCUGCAACCGUCUGUGCCAUUCUAUGUGGUGCAGCAAGGGGAGGGCGAAAACCAGUUGGCCACCGUCGAUACGGACGUGCUCGCCAUACUGGGCCGUUAUGAGCCGCACACAGCUGAACAGCGACGAUUCAUGUCGUCCAUGCAACAGCUGUUCUACUACUACAUCUCACACGGCACCGUACCGCAAUACGACCCGAGUCGACGAGUGCUGAAUAUUGCGCAAGACCCGCUGCCGCAGCAAGACCACCCGAACUGCAAUUUCUGGAUUAGUCACGACAUCGUGCCGCGUUACGCACGUGUGGACUAAGGGGGUUAAAGGAAAGGUUGGAAUAACGAGUGACGAAGGACGUAGGACAAACUGAUGUGUUAGAUGAACGAGUAGGAUGUGCGUGGCUGUGGACUUAGGGCGAAGUGAGUGAAAGAUGCGAUGCAAGUGAAAAUGGGAGCUCUGCGUAGUCCAGCGUGGCAGCACGUCGACGUUUCAUACAUAAAUUUACUCACACUCACACACACAUAAACGAAUGCAUUUAUACGAACUGAACAAGUUACAUGACAAGCAGUAGCUCCCAAUGAAAAAAGAAAAAAAAAUUGGCGAAAGUUGAAGAAAAGACGGACACUCAUAGACUUGCAUGAGAAAGAAGCAUGCGGAGAAUGACAGUGAAAAAAGUAUAUGUUGCCUGGCGCAUGUUUUCUCUGGAGCUUUAUAUACCGACUUUAUAUGGAAUUUUUUACAACUGAAAUCUCUUCUUUUUAUACAAAAUUUUCUUACUCAAAAAACAGAAACAAAAACAAAAACAAAGAAAAGAAUGCGAAGGUUUAUUUGUUUUUUAUGCAUAAUUAAUAUAUAUAUAUAUGAAUAUGAAUUAUUAAUUAUUGAGAAUUAAUAAAAUAUUUAGUGGCUAAGCAAUGCUAGUUUUUAUAUGUAAAUUUAAUUUAAAUAAUAAAUGAAACUAAAUUAAGAGUUAAUGAAAUUAAAUUUAUUUUAAAUUUUUAACGAAAUCAUUUGCAGCGUGCGCAUUUUCCAAAUUCAUUGAUUCGAAUAUCUGUGGAACGCAUUCCACAUGCAUACAUGCAUAAGUUUCAAGUAUGAUUUUUAUACAAUUUAAUAAUGUGUAAGUCCGUAUUUUAUGUAAAUUUAGCGUAAACACACACAUUCAAACAAACACAAACAACACUCAUAUACAUACAUACAUACAAAAUGCAAAUACGAAUAAAUUAAAAUAAAAAUGUGUAAAAAUUACUUGAGAAGUGAAAAACCAAAA